GGGCGCGCGCGCGGCCAGAGCCAGGCACCCCCGCGUUUCUCUCCCGCUGUCCGCGCGAUCCCGGCUAUAAAGCUCCGCACAUCGCCUUCCAAGUCUCUUCCCAAACCCACACACCCUGCCCGUCACUACUCCAUCCCCAGUCGUCCCAACACACCAGCAGCCGCCCCAGUCCAACGCAGCUACCUACAUCGAUCGCCGCCGCUUCGAUCUACUGCUCGAUCGAGCUCAGUUGAUCUUCGGUCUCUUCUCCGGCCGGCUUGCUGUUGCUGUCGCGUCGGGAGGAGGAAGGAGAAGAAGGGGUGGUUGACCCACCGACCGAUCCCACUCCCACCGGGCGGCCAUGGGGAGGGCUCCGUGCUGUGACAAGGCGACGGUGAAGAAAGGGCCGUGGUCGCCGGAGGAGGACGCCAAGCUCAAGGCCUACAUCGACGAGAACGGCACCGGCGGCAACUGGAUCGCCCUGCCGCAGAAGAUUGGGCUGAAGAGGUGUGGAAAAAGCUGCAGACUGAGGUGGCUCAACUAUCUCAGGCCUAACAUCAAACACGGUGACUUCACAGAAGAAGAGGAACACAUCAUUUGCAGCCUCUACAUUAGCAUCGGCAGCAGGUGGUCGAUCAUCGCGGCGCAGCUGCCGGGGAGAACAGACAACGACAUCAAGAACUACUGGAACACCAAGCUCAAGAAGAAGCUCCUAGGCAAGCGCGCACCCUCCCGCCGCCUGCAGCGCACUAACCAAGACGGGCCGAUGCCCUACUCCUACCUGGCAGCGGGCGGUGCCGGUGGCGGUGGCAGCAGCAGCGGCGUGAACGCUAACGGCACCACCGCGGCACUGAGCUCGUCGGCGCUCGAGCGGAUCCAGCUCCACAUGCGCCUGCAGGGACUCUACAGCGCGUUCGGCAACGCGCCGCCGCAGUGGCCGAAACUCGAGCCGCCGACGGACGCCGUUGCCAUGACGACUGUCGGUCACGGUCACUCCCUCGCCGCGGGGGCCGUCGUUCAAGCCGAGCAACAGAUAAACCCUUCCGCCGGUGCGAGCUACGACACGCCGGCGCCUGGAAGUUUCGAGGAGCGAUCCUCCAAGCUAGGGUUUGGCUCUCCUGCAGGCGAGUCCGCUGGAAUGGCCAGUACCGUCGAGAUGAGCUCGGGGUCAAUGGUGGGCGGUAGCUUCGGCUACGGCCACGUCGACGAGCUGUACGACUUCCUCUACAACAAGCAGCUUGCUGCGGCCGGAGCUUUUCAAGGCGGGGUUCCUCCGCUGCCGGAGCUGCAGUGCCCGGAUGGAGGUGCCGUUGUCGGUGCCGAUGAGAAGUUCUCGACGUGGAUGGCGUCGACGUCGUGCGAUCACUAUGUUCCUACGACAGGCGGCCAGCUCCAGCUCCAAGGCGGAAACUCCAUGAGUCUGCAGGAUUUCGUUUUAGGGUAUGAUCAAUAAUAGUUUGUGUGCUAGUCAGACAGUCAUACGUACAUUCCAAUGGUCCAAUUGAUAGUUGAUAUACUAUGCCUGUAUGUUUCAAUCGGUCGAUCUUAGACUUGCUUGUUAAUACAUUUGUAUAUGUAUGUGUAUGUGAUUCA